ACGUUGUCCAUUUGCCGGCUAUCAACUCCUUUAAAAACUUGAUCAAAAUCUUAGUAUUCUCAGCCAAGUUUCCGGCAUAGAUCAUCUUCAAACCGCGAUCAGUUAAUGGAACAACGACGAUUCAACAAAGGCGUAGGAAAUGAAAACCUUCAAAAGAAACUCGCUGAGAAUCGACGAAAAGGAAGUCGAGGCCAAGAUCAAGCCCCGGACAUUGCGGAUUUCAUGAACGAUAUGUUCUUUGGCACGAUAAAUAACGAGAAAAAAGUGUAUAAUCUUACGGGUGAUAGUGGGGAUGUUGCGGAUGAAGAUGAUGAUUUUGAUUCGAGCACCCGGAGUACAAGUAGUAGGUUGACUCAAGAGUGGUUAGAGGAGGCGAAGAAGCUAGUAGCCUCUUCGCCUAACCGUGGCAUGUCACGAGCCGAAGGGAAUUCUCCCUCUCGGCUCGCUGGGUCCCCUAGGUUUGGUGUGUCCGGACCUAGGUUGUCCACUUCAGAUAGAGACCCCCUCUCAAGAUCAGCUAGAAGACAUCGAUCGGUAGACGGAUUCACUGGAGAAAUCUUGACAAAAUCGGCGAACAAGAGUCACAGCCGUAACAAUUCGCAAAUCGCGGUGGACUCAUUUCCGAAUUCACCUCCACCAGCGACUGAUCUUUCCCCGGUCCAAAAAUGGUUCAACAACAUCCUCAAACCACCCAACGCGGAUGAUCGUAAUUCCACUGUGACAUCACCACCUCCCGACAUUAUCCCACCUCGAGUAUCAACCCAUCGUCGCUCUCGAUUCGAAAUGAAUUCUCCUCCACCACCACUACCACCCACAUUACCAUCCGCCACCAUGACCACGAUGGCAGCCGCCGACCCGGCCACUGCCCUUGUCCCACCGCGAUUAUCCACUCAUCGCAGAUCGCGAUUUCAAAACGACCCGAAUCUAGCCCAACCCCAAAUGAUCCCAUCUAACCGAACCAUUCUACCAGGCACUAAAGUCCUAUCUCCACCAAAGCACCUCCUUGAAUCAGCUCAAAGGAGAUCAAUAUCAUCAUCCACCUGUUCUUUUCCGGAGAAGCAAAUCCUGUCACCACCGCGAAAUCUAGUCGAAUCCGCUCAACGAAGGUCGAUUUCAUCGUCUACAUGCUUCACUGACAAAAUUUCAAAACAUUCUCGCCCUAUAAAUGGGGAACUAGUUAAGGAUUCGGAAGUAGAUCAACUAGAUCUUAAUGGGUUCUUGAAGAAACAAAGAAUAAACAUCCUUAAGCUAUUGAAAGGCGAAAUCAAUGGGAAAGCAAAGAUUGUGCUCUCUGGACAUUCAAAUAGUACAAGCUCGAUGGUUGCAGCGAUUUCCUACGCGUGGUUGUUGGACACUAAGAUGAGAACAAAGAGAAAUGGGGUAGUCGGGGACGGUGACACCAGUCUGGAAAUGGUGGUGCCGGUGUUGAAUGUAAGUAGGGGAAAGAUGUGGAAGCAACGGCAGGCCGCCUGGCUCUUCCACCACGCUGGCGUUGAUGCCACGGCCAUCCUGUUUUCGGAUGAGAUAGAACUAGAGGUGUUAAUGAUGAAGAAACAGUUGAGCAUCCUUGUUGUUGGCCAAGAGAUAUUGAAGACUAAUGGCGAGAUUGGAUCCAAGUGCACGAUUGUUACGGAUAAUUACUGCGAGGAUGCAUACGAUCUACUUCAAAACCCCAUUUUGAAGAAAAUCAUGCUUGCCGGAAUUUUAUUAGACACACAAAAUUUGAACAUAGCUACAACUAAAGACACUGAGGCUGCACGUUUGCUUGCGGUUGGUUCUGCGCCCAACUAUGGAAACAGUCUGUAUGAUCAAUUGACACAAGAACAAAGAGAUAGUGCUUUCCUUGAAGCUCUUAGGCACAACUAUGGGAAGUCUCCUAAUGAGAGUAACCGCGAGAAUGCAUCACCAUCAGAACACAAAGUUUCCGAGAAAAAGCAUCCAUCCCCAAAUACAUUCGAAAAGAGCUCGAGAAAAGAUCCAAAUCUAGCAAAACCAGACAGUUUGGCACCACAAGCUAAAUCAAAACCGCCAACAAAACAAACUCCAUCACCAGCAAAAGCAAGCGCACCAGCUCGUGAAAAGGGAAAGAACCCAUUUUUCUUAGCAAAAUGGUUUGGUUUUGCGAAGUGACGUGAUCUAAAUUUUUCUAUUCUAUUAUUAUUUUUUAUCAGAAAAUAAAAAUGUUCCCGUCAGUGUAUAACAAAAAGAAAACUACAUUGUUUUUGUUCUAGCAAUCUUAUGACUCGUUCGUGUAAACCUCAUUUCAUGUAA